CGGAUAAAGGGGAUAAAGGUGAAAGAAGGAAAGGAGGAGGUCAGCAGCGAGUGCCGGACUAUCAUCUAAUCAACACUCAUCUCAUCUCAUCUUAUCAGUCCAGCUCGCCGCCCCCCGAGUGCCGCAGUCUGUCAGGCAGGAGUGCCCUGGCCAGCUCGCGACACUCCCUGUCGGGGUCGUCGUCACACGCAUGCUCCAGAUGGCACACCAACCUGGCAAAUGGAGAGGAGUUAGGUAUGCGCAUGUGGAUGCGUGUGCGGGUGGUUGGUGUCUGCUUACUUGGUGACGUAUGGCUGAAGGGUGUUGUCUGCCCAUUGUGAGUGCUGGAUGGCCACCAGCAGCAAAGCACUCGCCAUCAGACACGCAUACCUGCACACACCCACACAGAGAGAGGGAGAAGGACACGUAGUGAGAAUAUCAGUCCCACGCACAAAGGCACACGUGCGAGUGCAGAUCUUCCUCACCUGACGUAUGGGUCUUUGUGUUGCCUGAGCGUCUCCACCACCUGGGCAGUGCCCUCCCACAUCUCUCUCAUCCUGCUGCACCCCUCACCCGCACACUCGACGAACAGCCCCAGCGUCCGCACAUAGGCUCCCAUCAGCUGGCCCUCCCCAGCCCACCCCCGCCGCUCGUCGCCGCGCAGCCCCUCCAUCUCACACACCACCCGACGGAACAUCACCGGGCCGCACUGCUCAUCGGCGAAGCGAUUGCGGGUGGCCGGCUGGGAGGGGGCCGAUCGACGUGUGAAGUAGCGGGUCUUAGGGCGAGGAGGGGGCGGCUUGGGGGGCUCCUGCUGCUUUGCUGGGGUGCAUGUGACAUCGGUGUGGGCACUGAGGCGUCUGGAUGGAGGACAUUGGUGGAGGAAAGAAGCUGUAUGCUCUUUGUCUUGACGUUGUGUUUUCUCUUGCUGUGUUCACUUGGCUGCUUGUUGGAGGGCGGCCAGGACGAAUAUCUUCUCACACAGUGUGGUGGAAUCCUUGCCAAGGCUCGAUGUGACGCGACUGACGACCGGGCAUACACACAGACACGCGCAGGUAUCACGCCCUCCCCAGUGUCUUGUGGCGACCAUCCCAUCGCUUACUUGAGAAUCUCCGCAUUGAAUCCCUUGUGUAACAGCGAGAUAAGUGCCUCCAUUCUGAGAGCAUCGACGACCCUCUCAUCCAUGCCGUGGUAGUCCGGCACAAACAGCAGCCGGUCCACGAGCGCCUUGCCGACGGUCGCCACCUCCCCGCCCUCGACGGCCCCAUCCCCCUCCCUCAGCAGCGUGGGGAUGGCCUUUAGGGCCGCCACCAGCCGCUGGCCCUUCUCGGCAGCCGUCAUGUCUCUGUCGUCGCGCACCUGCACCUUGCCCCGAUAGCCGCCAGCCCAUGAAUGCGGGCCGGUGCCCUUCAUCGGCCGGUGGAUGUCCGUCAGGAUGUCCACGCACUCGCGCAGAUACAGAGGGGGCCGGAUGGGCGAGAGGGCCGACAAAGCGGAGAGAAGCGCCGCGCUGAAGAGCGACACACGCACACACGGAGGGAGAUUAUCGCCGUAUUAGGCCUGGUCUGUUCGCCUACUCGUCCAUGUCGUCUUGCACGAUCUUCAGGUGCUUCUCUCUGGCUGCCGCGCCAUCCGUCCCCUCGAGGGCCAAUAGCUCAGACGACCGCCCACUGUUGAUGGGCUUCAGUGCUGGGAGUGACGCUAGGUAUGCAUCAUCCUCGUCCUGCUCCUCAUCACCAUCAGCAGCAGCAGCAGCGAUCGCCACACCAUUUGCCGUUGGACCUUUCUCGUCUCGCUUCCCAUUGACGCAUUCGCUCUCUUGCGUCGACGGCAUGGAUGGCGGUUCAGGGGCGGGCGUGACGUGCCGGCCGCUGGUUGCUGGGUGCGGGAGUGGGAGGUUGGCCAGGUUGAGUAUGAGGCCGAUGCCUGAGUUGUAGUCGAGCUCCUCGAACAGCACAGGGGGCUGUUGGUCAGCCGAUGGCGACACGGGGGCGCAGCGCAUGAAUGUGUCGCCCACCGCCAUACCCUGCAGCCUGCACACAUCGGACACAGAUCAGAUACACAUGCCCCAGUUGGUGUAUGUGUAUCUGUCGACCUUUGCGGCGUCACGCUGCAUGACAACCGUGCCCUCACGCCGUCCAUGAUCAUGCCACGCACCUGCAGCAACGACAAAAAUCACGUGAAGCCUGCCUGCAUUUAUGUCUGCAUGUGUGGCUCACAUCUGCGUCCAUGAGGGCAGCGACAGCCUCAGCACUCGCAGAGGGCGAUACCUGUGCGCCAUCCGGCUGCCCCUUGAUGAGCCCCUCCGCCGCCGUUCUCUCCAUGGAAACCCUCUCAGCGCACCAAUAAAGACACCGCCCAAGCAUGACCGUCAGCCGCACACACGACUCGCUGCCUCUCUCGCUCUCCUUGAUGCCACGCCAUGACCCCACGAGCUGGCGGAUGACCGUCUCCACCACGCUGCUGUCUUGUGCUGCCUGAGUGUGUGUGCAGAUGGUGUCGAUCAGCAGCAGCAGCAAGGGGAGCGACAGGGUGGAGGCGAGAGCACUGCUGCAGCCGAUGGCGGAUGAGAGGGUGAAGUGAGCCCAUGCGGGGCUGGCGAACAGCACACUAUCGACAAUCGCCGUGAUGCUCUCCCGCAGGAAGGGCUCCUUCUCUCCGUCGAUGGCGACACCGACAGCAUGGCCGACAGACCACUCCAUCUUCUCCACCUCCCUGAUGCCCUCAGGCCCCUCUCGCGACGUCUGCUCCGACGACGGCACGGCAACCAGACCCAUAAAGCGGGAAAGAGCCGACAUGAAGGCCAGGAGCAGCCGCUGGGCCGCCUGUGAGUCGACGGAUAGGCACGCAGCUGUGAUGAGAGGGGCGGACUGCCGGGUCACCAUCGCGUCAGCCAAUAUAUCAGCAUGGCCUCUGAUGACAAACCGCUGUGUAAGAGCGACAAGUGCAGCACACGGCUCCUUCCCGACAGCCGCUUCCCAUACGUGAGUGAUCGCCUUCGCCACACGAGCAUAAUAGCGUUCGCCGAGCGUGCCACGCGCCCGCCAAUCGUCGUCAGGGAUCGACAGCUGCUCGAUGAAGGCGCCGACGGCCAUCACUGCCGUCGCCAACUCAUCUCCAUCGCUCUCGCCGCUUCCACAUACAUCAUCAAGACACGAAGACGACACCAGUCUCAUGAUGAUCCGCCGCACGCCUUGCCGAGCCUUGUCAGUGAGAUGCUGAUCCUGCCGGGCAUGAAGCUGGCAGAAUGAGUGCAGGGCAUGCAGCUGCCAAGAGGCCGGGACUGACGACGGGAAGGCGCUGUCGAGGCGACCGUCGGUUGACUCCUCGGUGUGGUUGUUGGACGCGGGAGGGUGGAUGACGGAGUUGAGCAGAUCCAGCGUGGCGUGGCGGUAGGCGGCGAAUGAAGGAGAUGACGUGGAUGAAUCAACCGUAGGACGUGCGAUAGCGGGAGCCAUCCUGCUGCUGCCUACAGG